AAACUGGGCGUGCUCCGUCAAAAGACGUCUCGAAAACACUUAUCAUUAAUUGGGCAAGUGGUUUUAUGUUCGCAGAACGAUAAUGAUGCCCAAACACCAGUCCCAUACUAUUAACUUCACUACAUGUCGGGGUUUAAAAGAAUUAUUUAAUAACGUCUCUAGAAAUGAUUUCACAAUGACCAACUAGUGCUACAUAGCGACUGGAAUAAGUAUAAGAUAUCAGUUUCGACGACAGUUGCUGAAUAUCACUUUUAGUUGAUUCGAUAGUAGUUCGUUCCUUAUUAAAACACUGAUAUUAUUAACCAAUCCCAAUUUAACUGCUUCAAACUUUAUACCAUUUUUUGCAGAAGUUUUUUUUCUGCGUGUACUUUAUAGAGGUCCACUCGAAUCCGUAAGAGGGCGCCAUCUGCUCCACUGUCUCGCAACAUCGUAGUGGAAGCUUCUCGUUUCCCGCCACAAAACGUUUCCUUCCUAGAAAUUCCAUAUCUCUCCCAUCUGUUAGCUGGCUCCCUCUCGCGCAUCCCCGCACCGCAAAAUGAUCAUCAUGCAAUUCUUUCCGCCGUUCUUCCUACGACGUUGUCAGCCAUACACAACACUUUUCGGUUGUUCCUGCUUCUCUCGGAACAGUAAUCGUCGCAAACAGUCUCCACGGUUCACAUCUCCUCCAGACCCCGGACUAUCGCGAUGUGUCCGCCAGAGCGCGCCUCCAUCGCCUGAACUCGUGCUGCAGCAGUCCAGCAUCGGAGUCGGCCGGAGCGAAGCUCAUCAUCGCCGCGCUGUCAGAAUAGAGAACCGAAACUACCUUCGAUCCCCAGCUGCCCAUUCGGGAUAGCAGCCUCGCACUGAUCCAACGGCGACUCCUGCACUAGCAGCCCCCCUUUCCCGACUCUUUCUUCCUUUUCGAUUGCUGAGUUUUGUGUCCCAUCGUCGUCAGUCUUUUCUUCGUUUUCCUUUCCAUGGCUUCCCUUUCCCUCUGUGCAUAACAACGGAAACAUGGAUCUCUUUGUCGUAUAUACACACAGACCCACGAGCUUCGUAGAGGGCUCUUUGGCCAGGGGAGAGAGACGAAUUUGGAGCACACGACGACGGCGAUGAGUGCGACGAGGACGGCCAGUUCCACUGCUGUUGCCAUACCACAACUGUAUGUGUUGUGGGGCCAGAGUAUAGUGAGUGAAUGAGUGAAUCAAUGAGUGAGGAAGCAGCAAGGAGUCUCUCGCUUGCAGCGGCUGUCAAGUAGAGACCGGAGAACCUGCCGCGAUGGGCUCGCGUUCUUUCAUUGGUCUGUGUUUGUUCUUUAUUCUUGCUCCGAAUACCGGAUCAAGGGAAGUAGACAGAACAACGAUAGCUGCUACUAUUUCCCGCGUCGAACGCAGAACGUGCAGUAAUACACGAGUGUAUCUGUUGAUUCGUAACUUUACGUGUUAACUUGAUUAGAACAAAGCGAGCAAUUUGUAGCGGCGGAAAGCGCGUUUCCUUCUGUGGAAGAAAAGACUAACGCCAGUUAGAGUACAGUGAAUGGUCUAUAGUGAUCAGUUGUUCAAACCGGUAUCCAGUGGAACGGAGCGAAGCUACAGAUCGUGAACCACUAAGUAUAUUGCACAUGGCGUAGGAAGGACGGGCCUGCUUGACCGAAACGUUUCUUUUGUCCUUCAGUUGACAGUUCGUGUCGAAGACGGCGCACACGCUUACAUUGCAAAGCCCAAAGACUGACGCGAGACAAAUCGUUCAUCGAAAAUUGAUCGAGGCAUUUCGAGCGAAGGGCUUGAACGCCAUGCAUUGACUGUGUAUGUGUAUUGUGAGCUGCGAACAUUUGUCACGGUGUCAUGCAACGGAUACUCGAACGCGAGGAUGUACGAUCAGCUAAAAGGUGCCGAGGUGCACGAUAGCAUGCAAGUGUCGUCGUAACAAAGUACGCAGAUGUCUAUCCUGACAAAAUCCGACCGAAAACAGCACGUCGUUUUACUUCUAUUUACAUGCAAGAUAUUUUGCCAGUGAAAGAUUAUUCACUUACAAUACGACACAAAUGAUUGUUUACCACACUGGCCAAUAAGAUCAGUGAACGCUAAACAUCGGAGGAGAACAUUACCGUGGAGCCUCUUUAUCUAUCGUAGGUUCAUCUGUCUUCGCAGUGCGCAUGAGAGUCGAGCUAGGGCCGAUAGGCGAUGCAUUACGGAGAAGAGGCGAAACAUCAGCGAAUCAGGUUACCAUCGAGGGAAAGGUUCGCGUCCGCGACAGCAAACGGUGGAAGCCGCGUUACUGUAUUGUGACGAAAGCAUCACCCGUCGCCAAUUCGCUUCAGGUGCACCUGCACAAGGAGCUUAAGGGUACAAGCAAUACUUCUCAAACAACAAAUGCUAGCUCAGAAGCUGGCAACCGCACUUUGUCGAAAAGCGGACGAACGACUGUAACUUUGGAUAAUUUUCUAGGCGUCCAAAGUGGCUUCCCUCUUGACAAGGAAUCUUUUACCCUGGCCAUCUUUUGCCAGGACUCGUGUGUCGUCCUUGCCCUUGACAGCCGAGAGACUCUUGCACUGUGGGAGGCAAGGCUACGCCUUUCAAUGCCCGAGGUCUGUCACUUCGAUGCGCAAUUGGUGAAAGUUCCACCGUGUGGAAAAGCCCAGCUGGGGCCUUGCCGCUUGCAUAUACAGGACCAUCAGUUUUCCAUCACGAUUCUUACAGCACAAGGGCCACAGGUUGUUCACUCGUGGAAGAUACAAGAGCUACGACGAUUUGGAAAAUUAGACGAGAAUCUUUAUGGUUUCGAAGGCGGCUCUAGGUCAGGAAAGGGGGAAGGAGCCCACGUUCUUAUGCUUGAAGACGUCUGCGGACUCGAAGGAACAUUCCAAGUGGCGUCGCAUGGUCUGUUGAACCGACAGAAGAAAAGCGUCUACAACGCCCUUAUGGCUGAUCUUGUAAGCCUUCGGGAACGAAUGACCUCAAUUAACUCAUUGAACUCAGCAAGCUCAACAACCCUAGCCGCCUCAGCAGCGUCUUCCGUUUAUGGUGGAGACUCAACCCUUCGACGUCAAACAAGAACCUGUCACUGCAAUUGCGGCAAUUCAGGAGGAAGUCCUAACGUCGCUACAACAAAAACAGAUCAGGUGGUCAAUAACGGUGGCCCUGGAACCACUGGCGGGGGUAUUGACGGCAACGCUUCUUCUGCGACGUCCACCUCGGAUCAUGACGGCUUGGGUAGUGCGACAAGUGCUGCAUCUCCUUUGUCCACAACCUCUUCACUGACGGCAGCAAGCGUUGAUGCAGCUGGUUCUUCGGCUAAUCCUCAAUUGCAGCAUGGUCGACACCCGUCGACUGCAUCCCAAGACACGACUGAUUCCCUAUUAGCACUCGAGUCACAAGCAAGCACGACGAAGCACUGCGACCGCUCUUCGCUGUGCUCAGAAAGCUCGGGCACUGGAAGCUGCAAUGGCAGCGUGGGUGUUCGAUCCGACGAAAGCUCAGAUUAUGAUGUACCUAAACACGUAGCCGGUGGGGCCACAGUAGAACACGGAUCACAGGUAACAGCACUGCCCGGAACAUCCCCCGGUACAGCAGCCUUGGGGUCUUCACCGUCUUCCUGUUACGACCAGCCCAAGAAUCUCACCAGUGUGACUUCUGCCCUCAAAUGCCCAUGUCAACCAUAUCGUUCGGCAACUACCUGUUCGGGAGAGCAUCCCGACUCACUUCUAAACUAUGAUAUUCCUGCUCAAUUAAUGAGUGCAUCAAAUCCUCCAUGCUCGGAUUAUGACACGCCCAAGGCGGUAGCUGACGCCCUUUGGAACCAGGUGACUGGAUCCUCAUCACACGUUAACCAUGGUGCUGUUACAGUCUCGUAUAAUAACGGUGCAAUGAACAACUGUCAUUUUGGCCCCAUAAUGGAGUAUGAAACGAUUAAGGCCAUUACUCAAGGGUCACCGAUUCCAGGCUCAACCGGUUCUGGAACCGCCGUUUUCGCACACACUGGUUUCGCUAGCCUUUUACAAGGGCAGGGUAAUCUUGGACAGGGUUUUAACGCGGUUAGUUUGAACCCGCAGACGCAAAAGGAUCGAUUGCUUCAGAACGGUUCUCCAUCAUCAGUACUUGCAGGAAUUACGGACGCUAAAACACGCCUUUUAUUUUCCCAGAGGCAAGAACACCCUUCGGGUAGAUCACCCUCACGAAUGGAUGCCCAGACCAGGCAAGAGACACGGGCUUUGCGUCUUCAAAACCCUGAGAAAUCUUUUUUCGAUGCAGUAAACCGAUGCUCUUUAGCUUCCUCACAUGCAAACUUGAACAAUCAAUUGCCUGCGUCUCAGACGUUUGCUAUUAGUCAGUUUGCUAAGCAGAAGCUUGAUCUAAAAGGGACGGGUGAUAGUGGCGAUAGUAAACAAUCAUUUACAAAAGCUUUCAACAAUAUGGCCACUACAGCGAACCGCCAGUUACCGCCGAUGACCCUUAACCACGCACCCCAGUUAUUGGCGAACAGAAGGCUCCUAGCAGAGCCGGCCCCCGUAGGCGCCCUGUCUAAUAACGGACUUGCCGGCACCUGCGGGGAUCAGGCCAUCGACUACGUGAAUGCCCAAUUCGUGGACCUUCACCUGCAAUAUCCGCUGUUGGAAGACACCCAUCUGCAAAACGGUACUGGGAACGCUAAACAAGGUCUUCAAGCCGGACCGUCGGUGCCGCCUGCUCCAAGCCUCGUCUAAUGAAAUUAUUAUAUAGAAUCUUUCAAGCGCACCAAUUUCGGAAAAGAAAAAGGGAAAAAACAAAAAAAAUUAAAAGACAAAGUAGACAAAGGAAAGAGUAAAUAAAUUUUAAAAACUUAGGCGCGUCCACGGAAACGACUGUCUUUUGAAGACUAGAGAGUUCACAUGCGAAAUCGACGACAUCGCAAGUAUCGAUAAAACUAUCAGUGGUGGAUUUUCAUUUAUGUUUUUGUAUGUUAGUUAUAGGGAGGUUGAAGGAUAAGAUCAGCUAAAACAUCACGCAGAAAUGAGCGUAAAACAAUAGAUUCUUCUGCCCAGUGAUAAAAGCCGCCACGUACGUAUUUAGCGUCUUUACGUGCUAAACACAGAGACCUAUAAUCGGCUUGUUUUUGUAAGGUCUCUGCCAAAAGAUCUCGUGUCAAUCUGCCACUCCUGUCGAUCUCCAUUUUGCUAACACUACUACGAAUUCGUGACUUAUUUCAUACAAUAUCAUUAACUAUUUUCGAUACAGUAUAGAAAAACAAAAGCUGUUCAUUUGUAUAGUUCGAUUAAAGGAUUUCCCCCUGGCCCAGGACAAGAUUUAGUCAACACUUGUAAAUAUUUAAUUUUUCUAUUUUGUUGAAGACACAUCCUUUUAUCAUUGCCCGAGUCAGGCGGGAGUUUGUGUCAGGUACAUAGAAAGGCGACAAAAUUCGCCGACCCUAAGUAAAAAUAUUUGUUUGAAAAGAUCGUCCCGUAAAAGCGCCAACGAAUGUGAGAUAAAAAAAAAUCUCCGUGAUUGAUUGUGAUGACCCGAUGAAGCGGAAGAUGAUGAAGAACGAAUUGCAUCGAUGACUCUCUCUCUCUCUCUCUGUGCAUUACUUUAUAACCAAAAAUUGAAACUGUGACUUUUUUGGGGAAAAAGAUGAAUUGCGGUUAUUGAAAAUAUAUAUAUAUAUAUAUAUACAAUGCCUAUAAGACAGCAUUAAAGAGGUAUUUAUACAAUAUAUAAAUAUUGUCUCUAAGAAUUAUUAUUAAAAUAAAGCCAUGCACGAUUUGGUAGAGCGACCAUCAUGAGGACUUGCAUGCCGAAAUUCAAUGUACAUAUCGCCGUUGGCCCGCCAACGCAUUUCCCUUGGAGUAGACCCAUAUUUAUACUGCUUAUUAUUGCCACUACUGCAAAAGUUGCGGUGCAAUACCCAGUAUAUAUGAAACAUUGGCAGCGAAUGUACAUAGCUUACAUCUCGUAGGUAUAAGCCAUGAUACAAAUACGAACAUUUUUCUAAGUGAAAUAUGUCGCCAAUUACAUCCCAACCACCUAUGAUUAUAUAUGCGAAUGAUACAGGCUAUAUAUUAACUUAUAUAUUGGACAGAACUGAGGAGCUUCCGAUGAAUGAUAUUGUAUGCGUCACAUGCAACAUUUCUUACCCUGUUUGUAGAUUUCUUAUGAUAAUGACUCACCGCUCUCGCGGCAUUACACUCAGUCCUGGAGCACCGGCGAACGGGAAUCGGCAUAUUCGAAUGAGAGGACACGAUAAUGAAUAUGGCGAUGCUGAAAGAAAGCAAUACGAAAAAAAAAACAAUAUAAGAUUCGUAAUUGAAUAACAAUAAACUAGUGCAAUUAAAAAUUCACUUGAUGUAUCACUUCUAUUAGAAAAUAGGUGUUUGGGCAUGUUAACCAUUUCCAAUUAAUUCGAACCCUUUGAAACUCAAUUGCUGAAUAUAUAUAUUCGUGAAUAAUGGGUUGGUUCAGCAAGAUCUAGACCCUGAAUCUUGAACCUGAUUCGUGGUACUCGUUAAUGUGGUGGCAAAAUCGGUUUUGCUAGGAGAGCUAUUCUAUUUCGCCAAGUUGACUCAGGCCAUAUGUAAAAGGUGAGCGUACAGGUUAAUCCCGCACCCAGAUUUUCUCUGCUAAUCGCAAACUCUUCUUGAAGUGAUUUUACGGUACUAGAAUAACAUAUCCAGGUUUUUUUGUCGCAUAAUACACCUAUCCCAUCAAAUACAACAGACAACUUAGUUGUACUAAAUGCAAUGCUUCUAUUUAAGACUUAAUAAUUUUUGUGUUCAACCCGAUUACUUCACUAAUCAAGUAUGUCUUAAACAGAGCUUCCUCAUUGAGCUCGUUUUCAGUUUAGGCACUUCGCUACAAUAAUGCAAAGUUCAUCAGCGUUUUGCCCUGUAUCAGUCAACUGAUAUUCAUUCGCCAUCACUGCUAGUCUCAAUCAUCAGUCUCCAAUGAGAUUUACAGAAGCACGUGCAGUCGACACAUCUACAUGAAAACGUUUUCGGAGCGGGACUUCAGCGUAAUGUAGAGCAAAACCACCUACGGUGCGCCUGGAGUCGCUAUAUACAGACAUGUGCCGAGAAGCGAGGCGAAACCGAGACGGAAAGCAUGAAUGAAAUGAUAAGCGAGGAAAAUCGGUCGUCGAAGUUGCCUUCGGAGUGCAGCAAUUAUCGCGCUGUUCCUCUUAUAGCAAUAGCAGUCUCGGAGAGAAAUGACGACUUCAGUGAUCACCACCAUUGGCAACCUCCCAGAGACAUCAAAAAGUUGCCAAACGUCAGCGAUAUGACCUCUGCGCGUUCGUUGAGAAUUCGUAGGAAGUUUAGUUGCUGGGGAAGGUCGCAAGCGUGACAUGUUUUUGCAGUUUUUUCGAAUGUUCUGUAACUCUACUCUAAGCGGUAAACGCCACUGCGGGUUGAGGCCCAACCUAAACGACCACACAGCAUCCACCGAAACCGAGUUACGGACAGACAAGCUAAAAGAAACAACUGCUUGUUAAUAUAUCUAAGUAUGCACACAGUCAACGAUGCGAAUGGUGCCGAAACAGAAUAUGACCACAGGAGCGUCAGCCCUAAGAAACUGCGCAGAAGUGAUCCAGUUCAGACAGACCAAAGUAGAGGCAAGUGUUUCUUGAAGAUUUGAGCAGAGCUUCAUGAAAGGGAUGGUAAUAAACGACCUAAUUAUUUCCAAUGUAUCACAUGAUUUUAUUUUUAAGCUUUUUGUAUUUCACGCAGCUUGUAUUGAAGAUAUGAGUACAAUUAGCGACGCAUGAAUUUCAAACAAAAAAUGUAUCGCUGUGCCAGUAUGACAUGGCAAAUGAAAUUCUCAGGACGAGCACAUAAGAAGGCACACAUGUUCCGUUUUAAUAUACCAGCAAUUUAUUAACAAUUCAAUAUGAUGUAUACUUUAUCAACAGAAAUCACCAAGAUAAAUAAUAGUAAUGCAUUUGUGACAAGGAAAGCAAUAAAAUGACAUUAAAAAAGAGCUAAAUCUCAGAACCAACGUCAAUUUUUUCCUAAAAAUAUAAAAUUAUAGUGCAAAAGCGAUGAUAGUAGGAAGAAUAUAUAUAUAUAUUUAGAUUUCUAUGUGUCAAGCCGUGCCUAUGCUUACAAGUUUUAUCUCCGAAGGCGCCUUGUCUACAUUUUUGUAUGUGCCAGCUACCAAUCUCAUUAUCUUCUGUUUAGAACAUACUCAGAUCAAACAAGAUAUUAAGUCCUACCGUAUCAUCCGUUUUGAAACUGGACUAGAAAUCAUUCGCUUGAACAGUUUCGACGAAACUUCUCCUCCACCAAUCUGAUUAUAUCUCAUCGCUAUUUUGAUGCAAAUAUUUCCAGCUUUGAAAUGUUUAUACAGUGGUCUCAUAGCUCAUUGGGUCUGUAAUUUAAUUAGGCUGUCUGCGAACCGGUCUAGUGUAUAGCAUCUGGUCGGCUGGCUUGGCCUGUGUGGUCCGGAGGUAUGGCCGCCUAAAACGACACUGUUACUAAUGGAAUCCAGUGGCAUUAAUCCUGUCUAUUUGUGCGGCUGGCCGGCUAAUGUUUUGUUGCUGCGGAUCAAUGUGUCCUCAUGUAAGACGUGUUCGCUUAGACCGGGCCCGUAAAGUUAUGUUGUCGGCCUGUUUCGCUAGUCUUGUUCGCAGUAAGCCGCGAUCUGGGAGUUCUCCUCCGGGGGUCGUUCACUAACCACCAGCGUUGAUGCUCAGCGAAAGUCGGCAGUUUCAUCGUCGGUGGCUUUUUCUGGUAGUGCACCCUCCUACCUACUGAAGCAAUUGAUUAUUCGUUUACGGGCUGUGCCCACAUCGAUAGACCCGCUUCGAUGCGAUGACACGUCGGUGGCA